GCUACGGCGUCGAUGCCCUCGCCCAACAUGGCGGCCCUUUGUGCCCGCCCACUUGACUUUCUUCUGUCAGAAUACUCUGGCGACUCAGUCGCAAUGGCGGCGACGACAGCGGCUUCUCGCAGACUCCGCGACCUGCUGACGUGGCUACUGGCAUCACCCACCCACCUGGGUCUCCGUCUUAGCCUUCGCCCCAUGGGCUCCUCUACACAAGAUGAGGCCUCCAGAGCAGUACCCAGUGAAGCCCCAGAUCACAGCUAUGAAUCCCUUCGAGUGACAGCUACCCAGAGACAUGUUCUGCAUGUGCAGCUGAACCGGCCUGAGAAGAGGAAUGCCAUGAACAGGGCCUUUUGGAGGGAGAUGGUGGACUGCUUCAACAAGAUAGCGCAAGAUGCUGACUGUCGGGCUGUGGUGAUCUCUGGCGCAGGAAAAUUGUUCACUGCAGGUAUCGACCUCAUGGACCUCGCUUCGGACUUCUUUCAACCCCGAGGCGAUGACGUGGCCCGCAGCAGCUGGCAUCUGCGUAACCUUAUCACCAGAUAUCAAGAGACCUUCAGUGUCAUCGAGAAGUGCCCUAAGCCGGUGAUCGCGGCCAUCCAUGGGGCCUGCAUUGGCGGAGGUGUGGACCUCAUCACCGCCUGUGACAUCCGGUACUGUGCCCAGGAUGCUUUCUUCCAGGUGAAGGAGGUGGACAUAGGUUUGGCAGCAGAUGUGGGAACGCUGCAGCGACUGCCCAGAAUCAUCGGGAGCCAGAGCCUGGUCAACGAGCUGGCCUUCACUGCCCGCAAGAUGAUGGCUGAUGAGGCCCUGAGCAGUGGGCUGGUCAGCCGGAUGUUCCCAGACAAGGAGACUAUGCUUGACUCGGCCUUUGCCUUGGCUGCGGAGAUUUCCAGCAAGAGCCCCUUAGCCGUGCAGGGCACCAAAGUCAACCUGCUCUACUCCCGCGACCACUCGGUGGCUGAGGGCCUCAACUACAUGACUUCCUGGAACAUGAGCAUGCUGCAAACGGAGGACAUCCCCAAGUCAGUCCAGGCCGUAAUGGAGAAGAAGGACUUGGACAGCGUCACCUUCUCCAAGCUCUGAGAGCCCCCGCGUCCCAUUUCCUAGCCCAGAUCUGACUUUGCCUCAUCUGGUGCCAGCGUUUCCUCAUCCACAAAGAGGGAGGAUUAAUGACCUCAUCACUUUCUUACCCAGUCUCACAGUUUAAAACUUUUUUUUAGCCUAGGUUGUUAUCGUCACCCCAUGAAUAAUAAAGCAAUGUAAAAAACCUGGUGUCC